AGGAACUUUCUCUCACUUCUCUACACAUCUUUCAUCUCACUACUCCAAAGACCUGAAGAAAAUAGUUUCUGCCUCUCCUGAAACCCAGAGAUGGCUGCAGCUCUGACUCUUCUUCUCAUUGGCUCUCUGCUGCAAGGUGCUCUGUGUGGAGAGUUUAGGGCAUCUAUUCCGCAGAAGAUGGAGGUUCUGAGUGGAUCCUGUGUGACCAUCCCCUGCUCCUUUAACAUAACGGCCGAACACAAAUCAAACUUGGAUAACACAUGCAAAGCAGUGUGGAUAAAGGAUCCAAAAACGGUUGUGUUUGCCAGCACUUUUUCAAAUCCAAACCCAAAAAAUGGAGAACUGAUAGGAAACUUAACAAAAAAAGACUGCACUACGACCCUGAACAACAUUACAACUGAUUACAACAAAUCAUAUUUCAUCUUCAGAGUGGAAUGCAACAAUAAACUGAUAUAUAGUUUUAAUAAACAAAAACUGUGCAUUUCAGUCAACGCUGAUCCUCCCAGUCCGACUCUGACUCCGUCCACACUGAAGGUGAAGGAGGGGGACUCAGUGAGUUUGUCGUGCUCGGCUCCAGCUCCCUGUCUGUCUCAUCCUCCAACUCUGACAUGGACCCCCGACCUGGGCGGCAGUCAGGAGACACUGCAGGACAAUCAAGACAAAACUAAAGUCAAGAUCUCUAACGUUACCUUCACUGCUUCUCACCUCCAUCACAGGAAGGAAAUCUCCUGUACUGCAGUCUACAACAAACAAGAUGGCGGCCCUGCGUCAUCUGUUAGCACGAGUUUAACAGCUGAUAUUUCAUAUUCACCCCAACACAUCACAGUGUCAGUGAAUCCCUCUGGUCCAGUAUUAGAGGGCAGGAAUGUGUCUCUGACAUGCAGCAGUACUGCCAACCCAGCAGUAAGGAACUACACCUGGUACAGAGCUGAUGGAGGCCAGGAGACUUUUAUUGGGAUUGGAGCAGUUUUAAGCUUAAACGUAUCUAAAAAAGACAGUUCUUUUUUCUGCAAGGCUGAAAAUGAUAUUGGAGUUGGACGAUCCAACCUCAGUCAAAUAGAUGUUCAGUUUGCUCCACAGAUCCUGCCCUCAUCUAUCUGCAGCAAAGCUGCAGCCCAGCUGAAUUGUUCCUGCAGGACAGUGGGAAAUCCUUCGGCCACUUUACAGUGGUAUUUGGACGGGCAACCUGUCAAUCACUCUGACAUGUUCGUAAUAAGCAACACUUUGAAUGACAAAAACCUGAUGAGCAUCAUCACUGUCAAUCAACCGCAGGAUUGGGAUCGUUCCACCUUGCUCUGCCGCAGCUCCAACUCUCUGGGAUCUGCCAGUCAACAAUUUUGUGUCAACAGCUAUAAGCCUCAAACAUCUGCACAAAGUCAAGACCGAGUGAUGUUGCCAGUCUUCAUCACCACAGUUGUCGCUCUACUAUUACUCGUAUGUUCUCUGCUGUGUGUUAUCAGGUCUCAGAAGACUCACCAUAACCUUCAGAAGAGUCAGUGCACAGGUGACACCAGCACUGUUAAUGUGAGCCAACUUCUUACAAGUGGAGAGGGAAAUGAGGUACCCAACACAACAGAAGAGGACAUUUACGUCAACACUAAUGCACUGAGACAGACGGAUGUCCCCACCCCUGCAACUAUCUUUGAGCCAACCAGCGCAAAAUUGCCAAGCUCUGGACUAAACAAUGCACAGGGAGACAGUAAAAGCUUAAAGACGCAGAAUGAGGAAGGCAACGAUGUGAUAUACUCUAGAGUGAAUUGGAAGCCAAAGAACAAGAAGAAUAAGGGAGAAGACUAUGUGGACACGCACCAGCCUGGUAGAUCCUAUCUGGAGGAGGAGAGGUGCAUGGUGGGAGACAUAGGCAGAGGUUUUGUGGACAACGCACUAUAUAUGGGAAGCCUGUAUGACAAUGUGAAGCCUAGAAAUGUGGAGAAGGAAAGUGAAUAUGCCCAGGUUAACUAUAAAAACAGAGGUGUGAUGCACAAAUAGAUCACAGUUCUACAUUGCUCUGCCAGUUAUGUAAUUUGUACUUUUUAGAACGUAUUGCUCUAUUGUGUUACAUUUUCUUUUUUGUCAGACAUAUGUUAAGCUCAUAGGGUUUUUAAGAUUUUGACCAAUUUCACUGCAUGAUUAUAGUAUAGUAUGAUGUUUGGCUUUGUACAUUGAGAGAGACACUGCUGUUUAACGUGUAUUUGGCAGUGGGGCUUUUUUGUUUAUCAUAUUAUUAUUAACAUUUGCUUUUUGUUCAAACGGAACUGGCUGAAGAUCUAAACAUGAGGAGAAGUCUCUACGUUCUUCUUUAUAUCUAGAGUUACAAUUGUGUAUUCUGUUAAGACAGAAUUUUUUCAUCAAUCUCCGAUUUUGUGUUCAAUAUAUCUUUUAAUGCAUCUUACUGCCACUGUAUUAUUGCCACAUGUAGGCUACUGUAAAACAAGUUGCCAAUUGUUUAGUGUACCAGAUUUUAGAAACCAGCAAGAGCCUCUCUUUCAGGCUCUCUCAUGGUUCAGGCUGACUGACUUAAAUGACAUCAGCAAGUGUCCUGUUCACAACUGAAUAGAACAGAGGGGUAGGGGAUUAGGUGGUGAUUAAAACGUGGGCUUGAGCACAGUUGCACAUCAGUGUGCCGUUGCAGACAUAUUCAUGUAGCAGCUCAUCUGGCAAGGUAAGCGCUCUUGUCAAUAUCACUCAAAGGAAAAUAUAAAUCCUUUAAAACUCCUUUCACGGUACAUACUUUCUGAUUUAAUGUUACAGAACAUGUCUGUGGUUGGUUUUAACAGAAAAUAAAGCGAACUUUUUUUUUACUUUGAUAAAGCUGGAGGUGCUUGAGGCCUAUAAACAACUCCUCUAGAUUUGCAGUGACAUAGUGGCUUAACAUAUGGCUGAUAUUUGACUAUUGAACAUCUGCUGAAUACAACUUUCAAUCGUUUCCUGUGUCACUGAGUAAAAAAAGUGUAUAAUUGUGAAGAAAGUAUACAAUACAAAAGCACCAUAAUCUAAUUGUAGUAACAUUGUUACAGGUGCUGUGUUUCAGAAAUUAAGAGGUCAGAAGGGGGCUUACCGAAUGGUGUACAGCAACGAGCCUACUUUCUUCAUGGGGACUGCUCAUCUGCUUAGACUGCUACACUUGUUUACUGGUAAUAUUGAGCUUUGUUUUUUUGAGUCUCUGUUUAAGUAACAUUUUAAACGUUAAAAAAAGAUAACAAAAUAACAAAUAUUAGAGUCAUCUUAAAAAGGACUAACCAUCUACAUGUUUGGCCUAGAACUGGACAAAGUAAAAAGAGCCUAAGAACCUGCAAAUAAAAUGCAAAUCAAUACAGCAUUUAUU